AGAGUUACUUCAAGUUGACAAAACAAGGACAACAAAAACCCUUUCUAGUCUCCGUAAAAACCCUAAGCCUGGUGGGUCUCCGAUGGCGAGCCUUCGAUGCAUUCGCGAGUUGAGCCGCCGCGCCACGACGGUUUUCUCGAUCAACCAGACGCGCUCGAUCUCUUCACUUCGGGGAUUAGAGCUUUCCGGUACCAGCAUUACUCACGAGGCCCCAGUACAGAAUCGAUCUCUCGCUAGGGACUUCCCUUGGUACAGUCGUUCCCAAGGUCGCCAUUUCGCUUCGAAAACAAACGAUACUGAUGAAAGCAGCGAUGGAGAAGAUGAGGAGGAGUACGAGGAUUCGGCGGAGAUGGAAGUAGAAAGGGAAUAUUCACCGGCGGAGAAAGUGGAGGCGGCGGCGGAGAUAGGGUACAAGGUGAUGGGUCCUCUCAAACCUUCGGAGCGACUCUUCAAACCCUACGAGCCUGUCUUUGCCGUUGUUCAGAUUGGUUCGCAUCAGUUCAAAGUAAGCAACGGAGACUCUAUUUUCACUGAGAAGUUGAAAUUCUGUGACAUCAAUGAUAAGCUGACACUGACGAAGGUUCUUCUAUUGGGAUCGGCAAGCCAGACGAUUAUUGGUAGGCCUGUCUUGCCUGAUGCCACUGUUCAUGCUGUUGUGGAAGAGCAUGCAUUGGAUGAAAAAGUGCUCAUUUUCAAAAAGAAACGAAGGAAGAAUUAUAGGAGAACCACAGGACAUCGACAGGAAUUAACAAAGUUGAGAAUAACGGAUAUCCAAGGAAUUGAGAAACCAGAACCAGAGAUUGUCCGUAAGCCUUCCAAGUCGGCUGAUACAGAGCAACCAGAGGCUGAGCUAGUUGGUUGAAGAGAAGAACUGCUUUUUUCUCUUUCUUGCUGAUGCCACGACUACUAGUGGCUUAAAGGACGAAAAGGCCUUGGUAAUUACUAAUUACUAGGCUCCUAAGAUAUGAACGUGAUUGCCUUAGUUAUCUCGUUCAACUCCACUGUUUGAUUAUGCUCUUAUUUGUAUUGGAACUCGCUCAAGCUUCUUGAUUUUGUUUGUUUUUUGUUUCAAAAUUCAUGAAUAAAGAUAUGCCGGAACAGUGGUCUUACUCGGCUUUUGUGCUGUUAAAUGUAUACAUGUUGAAUU